CAAUCUCUCCGUGUUUGAGAAAUAGAUUAAGACUACUGAUUAGUUUUGAAUUCUGCAAUGGCAAGAGGCAAGGGAAAUCCUCAAGUUCUGCUUGUGAAGCAGAUUAUCAGAGCAUUUUGUAGGUUUGUCAAAGCCCAUAAAGCAAUUGGGUAUGAUCUUGUCCCAAAGAGCAGAAGGUAUUUUGCAUUUGAGGAUGAGAUGAUGGGCAGAUCAUGCAGUGCUCUUCCUCUAGAUGUCCCGAAAGGGCAUUGUGCAGUGUAUGUUGGUAAUGAAAGAAGUCGCUUUAUCAUCCCCACUGAUUACUUGAAUCAUUCUCUCUUCAGGGCAUUGCUGGAGAAAUCUGAGGAAGAGUAUGGGUUUGAUCAUCAGAUGGGACUAAGCAUCCCCUGUGAUGAAGUUGCCUUCCAAAGCUUGACAGCACUGUUACAGAAAAAUGAUCCAGCACUUGGAAAUUUGGGUGUCGAUGAGCUCAUGAAGUUACAUUCCUAGAAAGACAAUUCUCUCAAAGGUAGAUUUUGCAGAGAAGAAGAGCGAUGAAAUUUCAACUCACCGGUCCAAAAAACAUGUACUCCUAUAUUGACGGAGUUCAUGUAAUUUGAAACAGCGGACGGCUGAAACUGAUUGCAAUUUCUGCCUUGAUUAGCCUUGGACUUGAGUUUCACUUCAUCAAAUCAACUUGGAUUUUCAAAUCACUCCAGCAAUGGGAGUUUAGACAGGCAAGAGAAGCAUCCUCAAAUCGAAAAGAGGCAAUCAUGUUGAGUGUUGUGGUGCAGGAUCUAUUUGAGCAGGGCUUCAUAGGACCAGGUCAUGGUGCAUGCAAUUCUGGGCAUUGUCUAAUUGAGGCCACCUGAUUGCCAUUGAUAACACUAUCCACUUUACUGUACAGUUUUUUAAAGAUAAAUCUCAAAUUAAUGGAA